AUGGAUAUCUCGCCUGCAGCUCUGAUCCUGUGCUCUCUGCUCUGUUCAGUGGUGGCGCAGGCUCCUGUCAUCUCAGUGGAGCCCCGGGUGGCUGGAGUACGCCAGGGGGAGUCCGUCAGCUUUAGGUGUCAAGUGGCGAGUGGGGCGCAGCCUGUCCAACUUGAGUGGAGGAAAGUCUCUAACCAAGCGCUACCAGACAAUGCUAAGAUUGGUCCUGAUGGCUCUGUGCUGACGAUUGCUAACGCCCGACCUGGUAACCAGGGCCAGUACCGCUGUGUGGCGUCCAACUCUGCAGGCCGCAGCUCCACCACAGCUGUGCUGAAUGUCAGAUAUUCUCCCAAAGUGAAGGUGAAGCCAGCAGGGCCCCUGCGGGUCAGGAUCGGUGACUCUGUGUCUGUAGAAUGUCGUGCCACAGGCAGGCCAAACCCCACGCUGACCUGGAAACGCCAAGGCUCCACCCUCCAGCUGGUUACUACGAUGGCAAAUGAUGUAAACACCAUACAGUGGCCUGCAGUGCGUCCUGAGGACUCAGGAGUGUACAUUUGUCAAGCUGAAAACAGCGAGGGGGUGACAGAUGUCAAAGUUGAAAUCAUUGUUGUGGGUCCGCAAGGUGCACCACUGGCCUCAGUGACGGCUGAGGAAAUUACAGCUGUGGAGGGACAUUCAGUUACUAUGGAGUGUCAUGCUACUGGUUCUCCACCUCCUGUAAUCACCUGGUCCAAGCUACGAGCACCAUUGCCAUGGAAACACACAAUGGUGGGUGGAGUUCUGACACUGACCAGUGUGGGGCGUCAGGACUCAGGACAAUACAUCUGCAAUGCAACUAACAUCCAUGGCUACAGUGAGGCUUACACGCAGAUGGAGGUGGAGGCUCCCCCAUACACCACCUGUCUGCCUGAGCAGGUGAGGCUGCAGCCAGGCGACGCCCUGCAGCUGCAGUGCUUAGCCUACGGCUCUCAUCCCAUCCAGCUUCAAUGGAGCAGAGUGGGAAGGGCAGCCAUGCCUGCAGCGGCCGAGACCACCAGUGAUGGCAAGCUUCAGAUAGCCCACGUGAAACUGGCUGACAGUGGGACCUACAAAUGUGUGGCCACCAACCACAUUGGCUCCAGUGAGGCACUGGCCAAAGUCAUAAUAAAAGCUUAAACUAACACCCGUGGUGACAUUUGUCAGCAAUUAAAAAAAACCACACUACUUCUUCCUGCAAGACUGGGUUAUUGCCAUCACCAAAAGUUAACUGAGGCACCUGAGAAAUGUAGACGUAUUAGAUUAUUGUAUUUCAACUUCUGAAAGUGAAAGACAUCAGUGUUGUUCAAAACCUUGAUAUGUCUGUGCUUAUGGGGUUAAUUGUGUAUUUUUAUAGAGAAUCACAGCUUUUUGCUUCGUCUACUGUCUGAUGUUGUACUGUGCACGUGUGCAGACUGAUAACAAAGAUGUGGGAGUCACUGUUCCUGCUCCAGUGUCUGCUCCUGCAUCACAUUCCUCCUUCCUGUGUGUCUAGACCGUUGCACUUUCUAACAAGGAAAGGAGAGUAGGGACCAACAAUAUCACUGCCCAACUGUUGA